CUUUUAACCCUUUUCAGUUUUCAGUUUUCACCCUCUUCCCUCUAUCGUUCUCUGCUCUUUCUCUUAUCUCUCAGGAAUAAUACGAACCAAAACCCUAGCUAACUUCCGUAGGAUUGCAACUCCAUUCCAAGGUUUGAGAUUCAUCUUCUCCUACGAAUGGCUGCCAAACCUCUUACAACGGAAGCAAUUGCGCUUACAGAGAAGAAGAUGGACAUGACAUUAGAUGAUAUAAUCAAAAUGUCUAAGAACAAGAAGGCUAGGAAGCAAAGACGAGUUCCGAACAAGAGCAUAAAGUCUUCGAACAAUUUUAUUCAAGAUAAGUCUUCAAAGCUACGGAAUUAUAUGGAUUCAAGAUCUUCUCUUAGACAGGGGGCUCUUGCAAAAAGAAGGUCUAAUUUCCAGGGAAACCAAUUUCCUGUGGCAGCUGAGAUUGCACGAAAAGCUGUUAAUGCACCUCUGCGCAAUAGAAAUUCUAAUCGCAGUAGGGUAGCUAGCUGGAAUAAAGCAAGGUUUCAAGUUCCUGCAAAUCAGAUAAGGGCUGCCAGUGGAGGUUUUCCUGCAAAGCAACCAGUGCCUUCACCUCAGCCACAGCAGGGUAAUGGAGAUGUAGUGCCUAAGCAAAGGCCUCAGACGCUGGAUUCACUCUUUGCAAACAUGAAGGAACAAAGAAUGAGAGUAUUAUCGAGGCAGAAUAAUGCUGUGCAGCGCAAUGGGGGUGGAAAUCGGAGGCCCCUAUCAGGAAGAGGUCGACGUGGCAACUAAAAUUACUGGCUGAAAUCGAAGCUGUCUUAGUCUGCUGCAUCCUGAGUGAGUGAUGCAGGUUAAAAUUUCUUAGUGUGCAAAUGCAAAACCUAGAUGUCUUUAACCUUAGGUGGAACACUAUUCCUUUUUCAUUCGGAGGUGUUUUGAACUUCUGUUGCUGUGCUCCUGCAUUGUAUAUUACAUUUCUCUGUUGAUGUGCUCCUUCACUGUGUACGUCUGGUUCAUAAUGCGGUAAACUUGGGAUUACCAGUUUGAAUGUCAUUUGAAUUGCAUAUCAUUGGAAUAUCCGUAGUUCGCUGCAAGGAAGAUGUAAUUUUUUGGCUUUCCUCCAUUAUUUAUCCUUUAAGCUUUAUUAAUCAGCUUUUUCGUUUAUUGAAA